CCAUCCUGGGUUAUCAUGACAGUGAGAUGAAGUGUGCUUGGGACUUCAAACUGCUGGUUUACCACAACAGCUUCUUCUCAUUCCCUACACCAACCCCUUUCAAUUUUUGUUAAAUAUUCUUGUUUAGGGCAAGGGGUGAGGGGCUCUUGGUUUUUUCCAUAUUGUCCAUAGUUUUUACUGUUUAGAGGUAGUCUUCAUCUCAUCUUCCUGGAUUAUAGUAUCUAACACUGUCUGUACAAUUUUCCUGUGUAUUCUUAGUGGAAGAGUUGUGUGAUUUCUGUAAAGGUGUAUGGAAGGAGAAAGCAUCAGCUUGUGUAAUAGUGUCUGGUCAAGGAACUUUUCAGUGUAAUAAGAAAAGGAGGAAUAAAUAGGAACAUUCUGAGGCACAAAUCUGUUGAACAAAAAAGUAAGGAAGGCAGAUAAAAGGACCAAACCUGAGCAGUCACUGCUUGAAGAGAGGGUAUGUGGAAUGUGGGAAUGUUUAUUUCAGUGAGAUGAUUUGAUCGAAGACUUGUCAAAUGGCAUUCUAAAGGAAAGGGGGAAGCCAUAAAUAAAAUGUAGAUAGACACAGACCUGCCGAACAAACUUAAUGGAGACAAAGACAAGAAACAAAAACCUGGUCAGUCACUCGAAGCUGAGGGUCUGGGGUGUUGGAGCAGGUCAGUGGGACUGUGCCAGCCAAGGAGAUGAUGUGCCUGGUCUUUACACUUGUCUAGCUGAGCUCUGCACAUGAUCGCAGCAGGCUCUCCUAUUUUAUUAGAUCUUUUCUAAACUACCUCUCUGUGUACUAUCACUCUCUAUCCCAUGUAUGUGAGUGCUGGAGGGCUAAGUGAGACCAGCUUGAGUAGAAACUAGGCCAGCAACUGGAGCCUCACUGGAGGUGUAGCCACCGCCAGGUUUCUGGUCCCCACAGUGUAGGUGAGUGCUGCUCUUGGUGUCGGGAGCUGGAGGGGCUGUAGCUAUCUGAAUUAUUUUGUUGGUUUCCUACAGGCUUUGUAUCUAUAGUGUCAGCUGCUGUGGGACUGGUGUGAGCUUGGAAACUCUACCUUGUAAUGCCACAGCUAAGUUAAACUUCUGCCUCUGGUGGUUUCUGGAGGAGAGAUGGAAGAAGACAGUAAUGCUUGCAAGACACUCUGGGCCGCAAUGACUCAUUCCAGUCACAUAGGUGACUUCCCUUGUCUUGGUUGUGGGGCACAGCUCUUUCAGAGCUACUAGGCCUAAGCCAUAAAAUAUACUUAAAAUUAGGUUAGUCCUGACCUAUGAAUAAGCUGCUACAUUUUGACAUAACUGUCUAUUCAGCCCAGGAAUUUACUGUUACUGUAGAUAUGAUCAGACUAAUAGAAAUAUUGGGAUGUAAAUCAAAUCACAGUUGGUGGAGUAUAUAUCCUACCAUGCAAAAUAUUCAGUUUACUAGCCCAUUAGAUGCCUAUAAGCAUGAAAAUGCUUAUAAAUGUUGAAGUUUACCAAUUUGCAUCAUGGGAAAAAUAAUUUCUUUUUCAGUAUGCAGUCAUGAAGGGGAAGCAUGUAGGUGCAGAUUUCUGGUCAGCCUGGCAGGGUCAUUUAGGGAGUAUACCUGUCAUACUGUCCCUGCGUAAAGCCCUCUGUGGGAAAAGGCUAUGCUUGAAAAUACUCCUGAAGUAUUAGUUUACUCUAAAAGUACUGGUCUUUUGGGGGCUACUGCAUAGAUGUAGUUUAUUCCCUGAAUUUGAAAUGGAGGAUAUGGAGUAGUUUCUUGUGCUUCCCAGGACUGUUAAGUGAGAAUAUGAAGGGAGUUGGAGAGGAAAGUGAUUUUCAUAUAUCGGCAGCAAUUGCUUUGAUAAUAAUUCCCUCUGUGAUGGUUGAUAACAUGUGUGUGGGUGCAGUAUUUAUGGUUUGACUGGAAAAGCAAAGGACAAUAAAAAGAAACGUCUCAAAGGAUGUUGUCUUGGUGAAAAUAUCCAUUUUUUCCCAAAUGAAGUGGAACAGCAUUUAGAUAAAACAUACAAAAAAAUCUCUGCAAGAAACAGAUAAGAAGUAUAACAAACAGUUUUACUAGUAACGAUCUGAUGACUUUGUCCUGAUCUUGUUUCUUUUAAAUAUGAAGAGAUCUGUGUUCCUGUUCAUCAUACUCUUUUUGCUGAAUGUAUAUUUAAAGAAAGUAGUGCUUUUAGCUUGUUAGUUGAGAGGUAGAGACAGUGUUCUUGAUAGCUCUCAGCCACUCUGUUCUCGUCGCCUUUUGGACAUGAGAAAAAUACAUAACAUAAUGGCUGUAAAAAAUAGCAGGUAGUCCCAGGGAAUAUUUUGAAUAUUACAACUAGAGUGAUUUGGGGAUUUGGAGAGCUACUGAACUUUAUAUCCAGUGAUAGCGUAGACUGAAAAAACAUACUGUCAAUAUCUAGUUAUUCCACAAGCUUGUUAAAAACAACAUGAAAAUAAAUAUUAAAUUAUACAAGAUACGUAUCUGUCAUUAACUCUUUGUACUUUCCUGCGUACUAGUAUUAUCUUUCUACAAUCAUCAGAUGGGAAUUGGUUUCUUAAUAAAAACUAAGACAAAACACCCUGUCUUCAUUGAGUUUGUGUUGGGAUUUUUUUAUGAAAGUUUGUAAAGAAGUUUGGUUUAGCUUUAGGUUACUUCUUUUAAAGUACAGAAAUAAACCCACAAUUACAUUUUAAAUCUCUCUGUACAUGUAGUUCCAAGAAUGAUUUUAGCUUUAUUUUCUUUCUAAUGAGAAACAGUUUUGGCUAAAAGUACUGUUGCUUACUGCAGAGGGCAAUUAGCACUUGUGGAGUUUGAAAUACCUGUGUUAAGUAAUUUAGAGUGAUGAUGAAGACUAACUGCUUAGCAGUUUGCAUCUCCACUGUCUUUGAACUGGUGCACUUCACGAACAAAAGAAAAACAAUAAUUAAAGAACUGUUUUUCCAUACUGCUUUCUACAGCGCAGGGUAUAUUAAUGUUAAUGAUCUGGAAAGGUGCCAGAUUUAAAUUAGGGCAUUAGCAGUGAGAGAUUCCCAGCCAAAGGCAUGUACAGGAUGUAUCAGGACAGCAGUGUUUAUUUUAUUAUUUUAGGGUUCUGUUUUCUGCCAGCUUCACUAAAUCCAGUUUUUUCUUUCCUCCAUUUGACAUUUUCUUUUGCACUCUCAAAAUCCCAGCAUACAUAAUUUAGUAGCCUGUGUUUCUCUUUGAGUAGGCUUAGUCAUUAUGGUGUAAAAAACUGGGCCACAGGUCAUCCAUCUCUGACUCUUGUAGCAUAGUUCCUUUAAGAUUUGUCCUUUGACAGUGUUCUCUGAAAUCUAACAAAACAGGUAUUUUCACAGAAGCUUUGCUGUCAAGGCACUUAUGGAAUAUCUCUUCCAAUUUUUUGGUGUUGAGCUUCUGAGGGCGAGCAGCCUUCUGGAAGAGUCAACAUUUACCUGGACAUCUACUUUCAUGAACCUUCAGCUGCAUACCUGUCUUUCGACCUAUUUUUCUCUGAAAAAUUAAAGCGCCGUUGGUUAAAGAGUUCAGAAGAGAUUGAGCAACAGGUGGAUGCAGGCAUCAUCAGGCUGGCUGCCCAAGGAAGCCGAUGGCUUUAGAUAAGAUAGAGUAGGGGGAAACCGCAGUUCAUGUUAAGGUAUUUGAAAGCAAGAACCUGAAAAGCUCUAAAAUUUUGUAAAAAUGGCCACAAGUCAAAAGAGAGGAAAAAAUACCUUUUUUCUCUUAAACACCUGGACAAAACUUUUGGUUGUUAAAGACUCUGUGCUCUCAGAAAGAACAGUGGAGUAAAACUAUAUGUCAGUGGAAACCUACCAAGAAGCAACUUAAUAGUGUUCAGAAAGUAACAGGUCCCUGUGAAGCUAAGAGCCAGAAGAUGUCCAUAGUCCAGUCUAUAACUAAACCUGAAAUAAGACCUCUAGCAACCUGUGGAUUACGAGACUGUGGGAGGGCCACAGAGCCGUUGCAGACAAGUUGUUUUCUCUGCUCCAACUAUCUCCAAUUACAUGCAAUUUUAAUUUAAAAAGUGCUGUGGUGGGCUGAGAUGGAAGUGGUGGGGUGAGUGGACGAGCUGGAGAGCAGCAAAACAGUACAGUUUGCACCAGGAGUUCUGUCAGAGAAGUCCAUGUGGUGUUUGGACUAAAUGGUGGUUUCAGUGUGGUAGUUCAUGUGGUUUUAGUUUUUGUGUGCUCAGUUGGUGAGCUCUGAAGUAUGACAUGUAUUUUUCUCUGUUGUCAAUUGUCAUGCUUGUUAACAGCAUGAUGUGUUACAAUUUUGACAGAAUAGUUUGCUACUGGCGUUGAUGGAAAUUUCCGAGAAGUAUGACAGCUCUAUUAAAUGGUUCAGUAGCAUGGACACACAGAGAAGAGGAGAGGUAGUUGUGUUCAUAUCUAACUGGGAGAACAUCAUCUGGAGGUGAAGGACCUUCAUAUCACUAGGGCUGAAAAUGUUGAACACUGUGUAGUCCCUGUGGAAUUGUAGCGAAGUACACAGACUUAACCAGAGAUUGAUGAUUCAUUUUUUUCAGGUUAUAUGUAUAAACGAACAUUAUUACGUGAGUAACUAGAAGGAUGAAGCAUCUCCGUGUUGAGCUAGCAGAAUCAAAAUAGCCUGCAGCACAGAGCAAGUGUCUGAUUAGCUGUAGCGAAGACAGUCCUAGUCCCAAGCGACAACGCCUUUCCCAUUCAGUCUUUGACUAUACAGCAGCAUCACCAGCCCCAUCACCACCAAUGCGACCAUGGGAGAUGACAUCAAAUAGGCAGCCUCCUUUGGCCCGACCCAACCAACACCACUUCUCAGGGGAACGAUGCAACACACCUGCACGAAACAGGAGGAGUCCUCCUGUUCGACGUCAGAGAACAAGGAGAGAUCGUUUGUCUAGACACAAUUCUGUUAGCCAGGAUGAAAACUAUCACCAUCUCUCCUAUGGACAGCAGCAAGCAAUAGAAGAACCCCGAGCCUUUCGCCCACCGAAUGUAUCUCCUCGUAUGUUGCACCCAGCUGCUCACCCACCACAGCAGAAUGCAGUGAUGGUUGACAUUCAUGAUCAGAUCCAUCAGGGCACAGUUCCUGUUUCAUACACAGUGACAACUGUGGCUCCACAUGGGAUACCACUUUGCACAGGCCAGCACAUUCCAGCCUGCAGCGCUCAGCAGGUCCCAGGGUGCUCAGUGGUUUUCAGUGGCCAGCACCUUCCAGUUUGCAGUGUGCCUCCCCCAAUGCUUCAGGCGUGCUCAGUCCAGCACCUACCUGUACCAUAUGCAGCAUUUCCACCCCUCAUUUCUAGUGACCCAUUCCUUUUGCAUCCUCCUCAUAUAUCUACACACCACCCUCCUCACUUGCCUCCUCCAGGACAAUUCGUUCCUUUCCAAGCACAGCAGUCACGGUCGCCACUUCAAAGAAUAGAAAAUGACGUAGAAUUGCUUGGAGAACACCUUCCUGUAGGAGGUUUUACAUACCCUCCCUCAGCCCAUCCACCAACGUUGCCUCCCUCAGCUCCUCUUCAAUUCUUAACGCACGAUCCAUUACACCAGGAGGUGUCAUUUGGUGUACCUUACCCACCUUUUAUGCCUCGAAGACUCACAGGGCGCAGCAGAUACCGAUCACAGCAGCCAAUACCACCACACCCUUACCAUCCCAGCCUAUUACCUUAUGUGCUAUCAAUGCUCCCAGUGCCACCUGCAGUUGGACCAGCUUUCAGCUUUGAGUUGGAUGUGGAAGAUGGAGAGGUAGAAAACUAUGAGGCACUGCUGAAUUUGGCAGAACGUCUGGGAGAAGCCAAACCACGGGGAUUGACAAAAGCAGACAUUGAACAGCUUCCAUCCUACAGAUUCAAUCCAAACAAUCACCAAUCAGAGCAGACACUAUGUGUGGUGUGCAUGUGUGAUUUUGAGUCAAGGCAGCUACUUAGAGUCUUACCCUGUAACCAUGAGUUCCAUGCCAAGUGUGUUGAUAAAUGGCUGAAGGCGAAUCGUACCUGCCCAAUUUGUAGAGCUGAUGCUUCGGAAGUGCAUCGUGAUUCAGAAUGACCAACCUAGGAGCACAAAUCUGGUUUGGGUGUUUCUGGUCACAUGUAUAUAUGAACUCUCUAUGGAACUUACCCAUGUGGCUUCCAGCCUACCCUUUACACAAAAGGGUCAAUGGACCUUACUUUGCACUGUGUGACUUAAUCAAUUAUAAAGCUUAUAACUAGUCUUCACAGUUACGGGAUUGUUAUACUAACAGUGUGAUUGGAACUCCAAAGAUUUUUUUUUUUUUUAGCUUAAUUUUGUGUGUGCACUAACAUUCCCUGGGUUCUGUGUGAUCAUUCCGAGUAUUGCUGCGAGAUUACUGUGGAUGUGAUCUUUUAGCAUGUGCUUUUAUAGGAAAGAAAAAGGAGAAAAAAAAAAAGUGGUAGCUCCAAACAAUAUAGCAAUCUACCUUAUAUAGAGCCUUCAGAUACUGUGAGUGGGAGUGAAUGGUGUGAGUGUGUGUUUGCCUGUGAGAGGAUGUGUGAAGUGUGCCUGUGACUGAGUGUGCCUGUGUGCUUGAGAACCUAUAUACCAGCAUGUACUGAGAACGUAUGUGUGUAGUAAUAAUUAUGCUGCAAUGUAUAAUCUUGUGUGUUAUUUAAACAGUACUAGUACUGUACACUGGUUCCUUUCCUUGUUUGCAGUUGCACACUGAAUGCGAUGGGUGCAGCAAUUACAGACAUUUAGUAUUUCCUCCCCAAUGUACUUACAGGUGUAAAGACCUUUCUACCUACUAUUCAAACAGCUGUUAUGCUUCCCCUUCAUUGGAGGCUUUAAGUGUGUACCACUAAAGAAUGCAUUGAUUGUUCAUACAUGAGUAACCUUGGGGUUUUUAUCAUAUGUUACAAAGUCUGGAUUUUUAAAUGGCUGAUUUACAAGUUAUUUUAUCAAUGUAGAGUUGCAAUAUUGCAUUUAGCAAUAUUAACAUUUUCAAUUGCUAAUAUGAAUAUCAAUGUUCUUCUGUUUUCCCUUUAAAUUUUUCUAGCUGGGUUUGCCAGUUAUGUGUUUCUUCCAUGAAAGGAAUCAGAAAGGACACUGAGGCUCUUGUGGAACAGCUCUUAACUUUUGGCCAUUGUACUUGCUAAGGUCAUCAACUUUUAGCUUAUAUACACACAUUCUUUGUCACCUACAAGGGAGUUUGUAUGUAACUAAAAUAACUUGUAAAAGGUUACAAUUUUAUUCCUGCAACUUCAUGAAUAAAAUACAAUUUUUAGCAUUUUCUCAGAGAAGUAAAAUUUUAUAUUUUUUUCAUUGUAUCAAAAGAGAAGGUAGGUUUUGGUCAUUAACUGCAGAAUUCAGUUGCCCUGAUGCUGCUUCUUGCCCUUCCUUAUUUAAUGGCGAGUGUAAAUGGAAGAAGGAAUUCCCUCCAUUUUUGCAAUCAAGUUUCCAGAGCACUCCGCUAUAGGAAAAAAUGGAACACCUUCCAAAACAGUGCUGUGAAAUAGAAGGGGAUAAUCUCUGUUCAAGUGCUCGGAAUAAUAUUAGCUUUCUAUGUAAUGUUCACACUGUUAACAUCUCUGAUAUGCUUUAGCAAAAUAUUUAGGCCUGCAUACACCACAGUUAUUAAAAGGAUGCACUUUUUGCAAUUAAAUUCUUUUCCUAAGUUCGGUGUCAUUACUUUGGUUGCAGCAGCACAAGUGGCACAAUUACCAGUAUUGCUACAACUUGCUGCCAGUCUCAGCUUUAAGUUAUUCUUUAUCAUGUCUUAUGCUUUUGUAUGCUGCUAUGCUUAAGUAUCAGUUAUAAUUUCUAACAGUGUUAGAUGUUCUCCAUGCUGGUUUUCCUCUUUGAAGAUUCUGCAGACCAGUCACAGCUCUUGGUGCAGCUAAAUAAAAGCACAAUUUUGCCCUAUUUCAGAUGCUUUUCCCUCUGUUUAGUUAUGCAGGUAGUUCUCAAAAACAGUCAAGCUUUCUAUACCUAUCCAUACUUAGGAACACUAAAUAAAUAAAAAUGCUGUUACAUCAACUUCAAAAUAAUAGAAUUUCUCCUCUCUUCUGUGGAGUUAAAGAAUAGGCUUUUCACAAUAGCACCUAGCAGGUUAAAUUACAUGUAAUGAAGUUUAUUUUUUUAACAAAAAAAAUCAUGUUGUUUAGAAAGCAUAUGCCACGCAUGUCUUACAAAACUUAGGCUCUUUUAUAUAACUGCAAAAGAAAAAAUUCUGUGUGUACAGAUUUAAACAUGACUAACACUACUGUGCUUAAUAUUCAGUUCGAAGCAUGGAAAGAGGGUACUUUUUCUAAACUUGAUUCAAGUAAACAAGACACAUUCUUCUGAAGCCAAGGGGAAGUAGUUCUCUUUCUGGAACCGAAGAAAUGUCCCUUCCCCCCCCCACUAAAAUUCUCUGAGGUGGUGGGAGAUCUAGGAGAUGGAGGGACUAAGUUGGUAAAAUGCUGAAAUUAAUUGUUGCACUGUUAUGGCUCAUCUCUUCUGGAAUGGUUCUUUGGUUUGCAUGGGACUCUUGCAGAUGAAUGUGGACUUGCUUCCCGUGGUUAGUGUACAAACAGCACACAUGCUUACGUUCUGAAUCAGCUCAGACAAGCCACAACCACAUCCUCGCUGUGGUGGCUGUCAAGGGAGGGGAUUCAUGUUCAGCUGUGAACUGCCAUAUGUUAUGCACAGCCUGCCAUGGUGCCUGACAGCACCUGAAUUCAGCAACACUUUUUUGUGUUCAUUGCCUUUCUGCUAUCCACUGACUCUUUCUUCUCCAAAAAAAAACAAACAAAAAAUACAACCCAACCUCUAAUAUGUUUGCUUUAUCAUAUUGGCACUGCUGUGUUUUUUUGCAUAAACUGUCAAUUUAAUUUGACAUUUUAGUGGAUAUCAAGGCCUACAGAUAAUUCCAGUGUCUCAUUUUGUGGCUUUCUUUACAAAAAGAAGUAAGGCCAUGUGUUGUAUGUCAUUUUGUACAGGCUCUUGAAUGUGAGUUCACAGUCCUUAAUAUAUUGCAUAAUACUUGGGAUGAGAUUUACCAACUGUUUUAAUUGUAGAAAACAUUUUUGACUGAGUUAUCUUUGGGCCUUUGUAAAAGCUGUGGUUUUUUCCUUUGGUACAUUGUUACCUCAUUUUGUUACUUGUGUUUCAGAUUUGCUAAUUAUUAUGAAAGCUUAUGGGUUUUGUUGGAAUCAUAUUUUGUUAAGUGUUUUCUUUAAGUCAUAUGCUAUUGUAUCAUUUAACAUGUAGUUUUAAAUGUAUUAUAAAUAUCUGUAACCAAAUCAUUUGAAGGCUUGAUAAAUUUUUAACAAAAUUUGUACAUUUUUUAUGAGAGUUACUAGUAAUGCUUUACUAGGUAGUGCAAUGAAUUUUUAUUUUUAAUCCCUGUGCCCAAUUUUGGAGUUGAGAGAGUUGUUCAGUAAUAAAUGUAUGAUGUACACUUACA